UGGCUUAUUACCGAGGCCACAACCACGUUUACAGCGGUGCAGAUCUACAGCAGAGAGAUGGAGAGACUGCUACAGAUGGGGGGAAUGGGAGGAAUGGGCCAGGUUGGCUUUGUGAGAUAUCUUCCUUUACUUACAUACAAUCCAGCGGGUCAAUAACUACUCAUUAUGGUAUAUACUCUUGUUUGCCAGUGCUACAGUUCCCUUCCUUUUCUCUCCUUCUUUCUCUCUCCCUCUCUCUCUCUCCAUCCAGCCUCCACCUGGUGUUGACACUCCACUCAUGGACACUGCAGAAACUGUCUACAUAUCAUCUCUAGCUCUCCUCAAAAUGUUGAAGCAUGGACGUGCUGGAGUGCCUAUGGAAGUUAUGGGUCUUAUGCUGGGGGAGUUUGUGGACGACUACACCGUGACUGUGAUUGAUGUCUUUGCCAUGCCUCAGAGUGGAACAGGAGUGAGCGUGGAGGCAGUGGAUCCUGUGUUCCAGGCCAAGAUGCUGGACAUGUUGAAGCAGACUGGGAGGCCGGAGAUGGUGGUGGGGUGGUACCACUCCCACCCUGGGUUCGGCUGCUGGCUCUCUGGAGUGGACAUCAACACCCAGCAGAGCUUCGAGACCCUCUCAACCAGAGCUGUGGCGGUGGUGGUGGACCCCAUUCAGAGUGUGAAGGGUAAAGUGGUGAUAGAUGCGUUUCGACUGACGGACCCUCGCAUGCAGGCGAUGGGUCACGAGCCGCGUCAAACCACCUCAAACCUGGGGCACCUCCAGAAACCCUCCAUUCAGGCCCUAAUCCAUGGUCUCGGAAGGCACUACUACUCCCUCCCCAUCAACUACAGGAAGAAUGAACUGGAGCAGAGGAUGCUGCUGAACCUCCACAAGAAGAUGUGGAUGGCAGGUCUCCAACUGAAGGACUAUCAAGACCACUCCAAGGAAAACGAAAAGACUACAAAGGAGAUGCUGGAGCUGUCCAAAGCCUACAACAAGGCUCUGGAGGACGAGAAGACGAUGACCAGUGAACAGAAGACUCUCAAGAAUGUCGGGAAACAGGACCCAAAGCGUCACCUGGAAGAGAAGGUUGAAGGAGUGCUGACUGCCAACAUCACCCAGUCACUGGGAGCCAUGCUAGACACUGUCGUCUUCUCCUGAAACUCUCACUUAUACUAUCUAUUACUGUGAUGACAUCAUAAUUACAUCAUCAUAAAUUACGACCCUUGGUCUCUGAUCGUAGCCUCAAGGUAAAAAAAAAGAAGGAGAUCUGGUCUUUGUAAUCCA